CUGCUACUCGAUCUUACGCUAGAUAUCUACCGAGCUUUCUCGUCGAAUAGAACAACCGACUGACCCACGUCGUUCAAGAUGAAGUUCAUCGUAUGCCUCGUGGUCCUCGUGGCGUAGCUUCAGGCAAGCCCGUCAUCAGCGGUCAGGACCAGAAGUACACCCUUGCUGAUUCCAGCAAGGAUCUAGAGGGCAUUGCUCACAUGGCUAUCGUCGACUCACUUUCCCCUCUACACAUCUCGCUCUCGUCUUUGGAAUCUGCGUGGAACAACCUCGUCAACAUUGCUUCUCAGGAAGACUACUCUAUCCCGGAACUUUCCAUACCCAAAAUCGACGUGAAGAGCAUCUUGUCAUGCAAGCCCAAGUAUUCUCCCAAGUACCCUGUGGUCUUGCAGUACAUCUCUGAUCAUUACAUCCAGGUCCAGGACCAUAUCGCCAACGCCAAGGAACUUGCAGAAGGACUGAAAUUCGUCUCGCAGCUCAUCAUGUACAAGAAGAUCGACCACGAUACCCUGGCCUCUGUCUCUAAAAUGUUGAGCAAUUACUUGACUGACUACGCAUCGACAAUCUCAUCACUUAAAUCAGUCGUCUGUCAAGAUCAAACAGCGCCCUCUCAUCCUAUGGACGAGAGUUACAUGGACAAACCCCUGUCAAUGAUCUUGAAAGGCACCAUGCCUACUGGCGCUGGAGUAGACAAAGGCUUCGCACUUGGUGGUGGUGGAGUUGGUAAAGGAUUCAACUUGAACGGCGGUGGAGUUGGCAAAGGCUUUGACUUGAACGGCGGUGGAGUUGGCAAAGGAUUCGACUUGAACGGCGGUGGAGUUGGCAAAGGCUUUGACUUGAACGGCGGUGGAGUUGGCAAAGGCUUUGACUUGAACGGCGGUGGAGUUGGCAAAGGUUUCGCUUUGGGCGGUGGUGGAGUUGGCAAAGGAUUCAGCCUCACCGGAGGAGGCGUCGGCAGGGAAGUCGAAAUCAAAGACUGGUAAUCGACGUUGAUUAUCUGGCGCUCAAUAGAUCUGACAUCAAAUGCCAUGCGCCCGUACAGGAAUUUCAUAAUUGCCAUUUUUUUACACUGAUAUCAAUACUUUGGUCGUGCCUGUCCAAUGAUACAUAUGUAUUAAAUAAUAGCAUCAAAUGCAA